CAGCGCCGCCCCGCCCGCCGUGCCCGCGGCGCCCCGGGACCGGCCGGCGGCAGCGGCGGCCGCGAAGGACGGAAGAGGAAAUGCCGGUGAAAGGCUCCGCGGGGGCGUGCGGAGCCCGAGCCCAGGGAGGCCCCUCCCCGAGCAGCCGGCGGAGGACGAUGGGGGCGGCCGGGCUGCUGCGGGCCGCGCUCUGGGCCCUGCUGCUCCCGCUGGUGGCUGCUGAUGAGGGGAUCCUGCAUGCCUCUGGAAGUGGAGUGCCUCCAGUAACUAAGGAUUACUGCAUCAUUUACAACUCUAAUUGGGUAUCUCUUCCAAAAACCUUGGACAAUGCUACUUUCAGGGCUCUGGAAAACCUGACUUCUACAGUCCUCUGCAGUUCAGCUGAAGUUCCUUCUGGCUUAAUGAAAGACAAAGCAGUUGUAGUGAUGAGAGGAAACUGCACUUUCUUGGAGAAAGCAAGAAUUGCACAAAGUUUGGGUGCUAAAAUGCUUUUGAUUGCCAGUAAAUCUAGGCUGUCUGCUAUUUCAGACAACAAGACUGAUUUUGAAGAUGUGACUCUUCCAAUUGCUCUUAUAAGAUAUAAUGACAUAGUAGAUAUGCAGCUGGUGCUUGGAAAAGAAGUCAAUGUGACUCUGUAUUCACCACCUUUGCCAGAGUUUGACUACAGUAUGGUUGUCAUCUUCCUAAUUGCUGUGUUUACAGUGGCACUGGGAGGCUACUGGAGUGGAGUAGCAGAACUUGAGAAUCUGAAAGCAGUAGCAAGUCCUGGGGAGAGAGAAACCCGAUGGAAAAAGGAAGAAAAUGUGACUUUCACCCCUGUAACAGUUAUCUUGUUUGUUGUCAUCUGUUGUGUCAUGCUGGUCUUACUUUAUUUCUUCUACAAAUGGUUAGUUUAUGUUAUAAUAUCAGUCUUCUGCCUGGCAUCUGCGAUGAGUCUGUACAACUGUCUUGCAGCAUUAAUAGGACAAAUCCCAUUUGGGCAGUGCAGGAUUACAUGUUCCAACAAAACCAUUGAAGUGAGGCUUAUUUUUCUUGCUAUAUUCUGCACAGCAGCAGCUGUUGUCUGGGCAGUAUUUCGAAAUGAGGAUAGGUGGGCUUGGAUUUUGCAAGAUAUUUUGGGAGUUGCUUUCUGCCUAAACUUCAUUAAAACACUGAAAAUGCCCAACUUUAAGUCCUGUGUAAUACUUCUAGGCCUCCUUCUUCUAUAUGACGUGUUUUUUGUCUUCAUAACACCAUUUAUCACAAAGAAUGGGGCAAGUAUAAUGGUUGAAGUUGCAGCUGGUCCCUUUGGAAACAGUGAAAAGAGUGAUGGAAACUUGGUGGAAGUCCCUACUGAACGCUCAGCUCCCCAUGAGAAACUACCCGUGGUUAUUAGAGUGCCUAGACUUGAACACUCUGCAUCGACACUCUGUGAUUUGCCCUUUUCAUUGCUGGGUUUUGGAGACAUUAUUGUCCCAGGGCUUCUGGUUGCCUAUUGUCGAAGAUUUGAUGUUCAGACAAGAUCAUCUUCUAUAUACUACAUUUCCUGCACAAUAGCUUAUGCCGUUGGCAUGGUGCUGACCUUUGUCGUUUUGGCACUAAUGAAGAUGGGGCAGCCUGCGCUUCUCUAUCUUGUACCAUGUACACUCAUCACAAGCUCCCUCGUUGCCUGGAGGCGCAAAGAGAUGAAGAAGUUUUGGAAAGGAAGCAGUUACCAGGUAUCGGACUCCUCCAGGACGCCUUUGCUACAAGAUGAUGGAACACCUGGAUUACACAGGAAAUGAAGAAAGCACAGCAUCAGCCACUGAACAGUCUGGAGGACAAUAAUAUGUGGGAUCCUGAUUUAAAAUAGCAUUUGAAUUUUUGAAGCUGAAUUACAGUAAAUUUGGUGAAAUUUUACAAUAGAGUGUUUCCCACUCUGUGUAAAAGGGUUUUUUUAUCCCUGCACCUAUAUUUUUAUGGAAAAUACUGUUAAUAACAUAAAAGUAAUCAAAAAGGAGUUCAUUUUUACAGCCAAACCAUAGCUAGUAAAACUGUGCCUUAUUUCAAUUUAAAUAAAAGGAUAUUUUCUAUGCAA